AUGUCUGACUGUAUUACCAAAGCACUACUAAAAGAAUCAGCAACAAUAACAUCAGUAACAUCACUGGGACCAGUAAAAACUCCGGAAAGUAUGACAUUUUCACCAGUUAAAGCUGAAUUUGUACAAAACCUUAAAGAGGAAAUUAUCAAAGAUAUUAAACAAGAAAUGGCUCAAAGUAGUGAAAGUACAAGUCAAUUUAAUGUUUCUAGUUCAUCAAUUAAUGUUGAUAAAAAGUAUAAUAGAUUAAAUGAAACAAGAAAUCCUAAAAGCAAGAAUUAA